UUCUGGUUCUGCUCACUUCACUUCACAUCAGUUCAUGUAGCCCUGGGACAGGAUGGCCUGGAGCCUGCUGGUCCUUCUGCCCUGUCUCUUGGUCUCUGUACAUGGGAACUCAGCUCCAAGAUUCACCGAUAACAUGACUGUAGUUCAUCUGCCUGAGGACAUGACUAAGGGGACUGUAGCUUUCUGGAUUACAGCCACAGACCAAGAUAAUGAUACUCUGGUCUACCGGAUGAGUGGUCGUUAUGCGUAUUUCUUUGAAGUCGACAAGUCCACAGGGGAGACUAUUCUGAGCAGUCCUUUGGACUAUGAGACACUGUUCCAUUUUGAUGUCACCAUCUCUGUGUGGGAUAAUGUAAAUCCAGAGGUGCAGAAGCAGUUGCAAAUUAUUGUGACUGACUGUAAUGACAAUGAACCAGUCUUCCUGAACACACCCUAUUCUACUAGUAUCAAUGAGACCCUACCUGUGGGCUCCCAGGUUUACACAGUGAGAGCAGAAGACCGGGACACGGGGUUAGGUGGCGUAGUGAACUACACCAUUCUUGAGGUCAUCCCCUACACUCUGGAAAACCAGAAGCUCUUCUCCAUCCUGCCCAAUGGAACCAUCAUCCUUGAAGGUCCUCUCAGCUACAACAACAAAAGCAUAUUCUACCAACUGAAACUGCAGUCCUGUGACCAAGACCCGGUUAAACCAUUGUGUUCCCAAUCAGCCUUCCUGACAAUCACAGUGAUGGACCUUCCAGAUCUGGACCCACAGUUUCUCCAGGAGCCUUACAUAGCUUCAGUAGGAGAGGAUGCAGCCGUGGGCACCUCAGUGUUGACCUUGAAGACUAUGGAUGGAGACAAAGGCAUCAACGAUCUGGUCAAAUUCUCUAUUUCUAAUUCUACAAGGCCUUGGUUCAGCAUCGGGGAGCAGGAUGGGGUCAUCGAGGUGAGCCACCCUUUGGAUCGGGAACUACUGCUGGAUGAAGAUGAAGAGGUGCUCUUGGAGGUCACGGCCACAGAGAUCCAUCUCAACAUCUAUGGGCAAGAGGCAAAGGCCAAGACCUGGGUCACCAUAAGAGUGACAGAUGUUAACGAUCACUCCCCCCAAUUCUACAACUGCAUCUUGCCGGACUGUGAUUUCUCUGAUGAUAAGGUGGUAUCUACUUUUAGUGGCUAUGUGACUGAACACUCCUUCACCCGAGUGCCCAUUAGUAACCUGUCCAUGGUGGCUUAUGAUCCAGACAAGGGCCUCAAUGGUACUUUCCUGCUAUCCCUGUCUGGCCCUGAUCACAUGGCUUUUGCUGUGUCCCCUGAAAAGGUAGUGAACACAGGAGAGGUACAAGUGUUGGUCUGGCAGCCUAACCUUGUGGAUUUUGAGCGGAAGCAGAUAAUGGAAGUAGAGGUCAUAGCCAAUGACUCUGGCAACGGCGUGGUCUCCACUGCUAAGGUAACCAUCCAUGUGGAAGAUAUUAAUGACCACGCACCUCAGUUCAACAAGAGCCAGUACAUUCUAUAUGUAUAUGAGCACUGCCCAGAUGGCACCGUGGUUACCAACGACAUCAAGGCCACAGACCCUGAUACUGACUUCCGAGGACGCAUCACCUACCAACUUAUCUCAGGGAACAGUGCGGAUAUCUUUCAGGUCAACUCCAGCUCUGGAGAGAUAACAGUGAAAAAUGGCACCCUACUGGACCGGGAACUGCAAUCUGUCUACUACCUCACACUGCUGGCCACAGAUGGAGGUGACCUGACGGGCUCCACCCUCCUGCAGAUCAUCGUGCUGGACAUCAAUGACAAGGCCCCUGUUGUCACUGGUUCCUACAACAUCUUUGUCAAAGAGAUGAUGGACAAUGUCUCAGUGACCAUCCAGGCCUAUGACAAUGAUGAACCUGGCACUAAUAACAGUGAGAUCCGUUUUAAGCUCCUGCCUGGGCCAUAUAGUAACAACUUCACCUUGGACUCAGUCAGUGGAUUACUGAAGAACCAGGGGCCCCUGGACCGUGAAGCCAUUGACCCCGACCUGUCGGGAAAGAUCGUACUGAUGGUGUUUGUCUAUGAUCUAGGAGUUCCCUCGCUCAACACCACAGUCAAUGUUACCAUCAACGUAGAGGACAUCAAUGACAACAUGCCUGCGUUUGUUCAAAAUACUUAUGAAUUCUAUGUAAAGGAAAGACUGAAGGGUGCAUACUUGGGCUUUGUGGAGACCUGGGAUGCCGACCAGACAGAUGUCAACAGCCGCGUCACCUUCACUCUGACUGGGGAUGGAGCCAGCAACUUUGAGAUCCGUUCCACGUUCCGGGGCUCAGGCUGGAGUCGUGGGAAUGUGUUCCUGGUCCCAGAUGUGAGUCUAGACUACGAGAGGCCACCCAGCAACUUCACAUUGCUUAUGCUGGCACAGAACAUGGCUGAAUCGGAAGGGAUAGGGUCUGCCACAGUGCUGGUGAUUACGGAGGAUGUGAAUGAUGAGGCCCCGACCAUCUUAGCAUCCUCUUUGGAGGAGGUCAAAGUGUUUGAGCACCAAGGCAAAAAGGAUGAGCUUGUGACCUGGGUUGUGGCCCAAGAUCCUGACACGAACGCCUCACUGGAAAUCCGCCUUCAGGACAUAGGCUGCUUCAAGAGGGAGGUUAACAUGGGUACUGUGUGCCAAGAUUGGUUUAGCUUGGUCCCCAACGGUAGUGUCUAUAUCAACGACAGCUUGGCCAUCGAUUAUGAAGUCUGUGACCUCGUCAGAUUACUCCUACAGGCCUGGGAUCUCCAUACAGCUGAGGGUUUCCCUGCCAGCAGCCCUAAUGAGACUCUACCCAUUGCCAUCUUGGAUGUGAAUGACCAUCCACCCCAAUUCCUGCCUUUGAAUGAGACAUUUGUGAUCAUACCAGAAAUUCUUUCUCCGAAUCAGCAGGUGGCUUCUGUGAAGGCCAAAGAUGAGGAUGAUGGGGUCAAUGCGGUCCUUUCCUUCUUCAUUGACUGGGUGGAAUUCAUCUCUAAGGAUGGCUCCAGAAUCCCCUCUGAAGGCCUAUUCCGGAUCAAGUCUUCAUCUGAAGGCGACAUAUACACAGGCAGCAUAGAGGUGGUGACUUCCCUUGACAGUUCCCUCCAGGGAACCUACCAGCUAACAAUCAGGGCCCAGGAUAACCCGAUUGAGAACUCCCCUCUGACAGUGAAUACCUCCCUGAAUCUCUUCACUGUGGACCAGAGCCAUCGUCUACGGCUUCAGUUCUCAUCAGGAGCAGCAGAAGUGGGAAGCAAUGCUAAUAUGAUCAGAGCUGCCCUGAUGGAAGCGACGAGGACCACGGUCUACAUUGUGAGCAUUAAGGACACUGAAGUCUCAACCGCCAGAGCUAAGGGCUUAUCUUAUAUGGAUGCCUACUUUGUAUACCCCAAUGGAACAGCCUUGAACCUCAAUGAACUCAACCUAUUAAUCCGUGGUGACCAGGAGGUGUUAGCGAUACUGCUACAACUUGGGCUGGUGGUGAUUGGCUCUGGGGAGGAGGUAAAGCAGGACAAGGAGACAGAACUCCUCAACAUCAUUGCUGGCCUAGGGUGUGCCUUGGUACUUUUGAUCAUCAUCAUGACCGUGUCAUUGGUGUGCACCAAGAAGAGCUACAAAAGGAAACUUAGAGCCGUGAAGGCUGCUAAAGAGGCUAAGAAGACAAGCCCUGGAUUCAACCUGCAGGGUCCUGUAAUCCCUGGGACAAACCUGUUUAAUUCAGAGAAAGCCAACCCCAUGCUCAAUCUCUCUUCGAUGGAUCUGGGCUUUGAAUCUCUUUCCUCCCAUAAUGAAGAUGAUGUUGCCAGCAUCAACUCCCUGGAUGAGAACAAGGUGGAUACAGAUGUGGACAUGAUCAUCGACAAUGACCUAGGGAAGAAGCACAAGGAGAAACCAGAGUUGACAGCUGGUGAGCCGCUGACCAUGGUGCUGAAGGAAGGAAAGGGCAAAAAUCAAGAAAAGGACAAGAGGGUGCUGAAAUUGGGCGAAUUCAACAUGGCUCUGGAUACCACUGACAUCUGAUCCUGCCUACACCAAAUGCCACCCUCCUACCCCACUCCUGAGGUCACCCCCUCUCUCAUUCCUCCUCUCAGAACACAUAGCAUGAGCCCUGACCUGUUGAUGAUGUAUGUGACAAUCUGUGAGUCCUGACCCAUCUGCUUUUGGGAUGAGACUCAGUGCUUCACUGCUAUGUCUCUCAUUCAUCUCACCUGCAUGUGCUUCAGGCCUGGUGGCUGGC